AAUGUUAUUAGGUUAACAUUAUUAAACUGUCUCACUCAUUGGCUAAUUUUGAAUUAUUCUGAAUUAUUCCAUGAGUUAUACAACGUACCCUGAGUAUACAUAUGCAUGUAUGUGUGUAUACGAGGUAAGUGCUGCGCUUGAGCAAACUCCGAGAAGGCGUAUAUAAGGAAGAUCCGACAAUACUGACAUACAUAUAGUCUAUCUAUGUAACGCAUUGCGUAUUACGUGUUGCGCACAAAUGUACCAGUAGUAACCGUCCGGUCAAAUUGAAUGGCUAUAGAUCAAGUUUGCUUGAGAGAAUUUUGUUUGUUAACUUUCGUGCAGCAUAAUUGAUAGUAUAGUCUUUGCGAUGAUUGUACUGGAGAUAAACAACAGAAUAAUCGAGGAGACAUUAACCAACAAAAUUAAGAAUGCCUUGGCAGGAGGUAAAUUGGAGUCAACAGAUGUUAUGAUAGCUGACUUUGAUGGAGUGCUAUUUCACAUUUCUAAUCAGAGCAAGGCCAAGUCAAAAAUUAGAAUAAGUGCACUACUCAAAUUUUAUAAACAAUUGCAAGAGCAUGGAGCUGAUGAUUUGCUUAAAAGAGAAUACGGCAGCUAUCUGGUUGAGCCAGAGUCUGGUUAUAGUGUUACAGUUAUGAUAGAUCUUGAAAAUUUGCCAGAAGAUUAUGAAAGUUUGGUAAAAAAAAUUGGUUUAUUGAAAAGACACUGCUUUGCCAGUAUAUUUGAAAAGUAUUUUGACUUUCAAGAAAAGAUUAGCGAAUCCCCAGAAGAUAGUAGCAAAUUACAAAAGAAAGCUAUUAUUCAAUACAGAGAUCAAGAAAUUAUUUAUGUGGAGGCAAAAAGUGAUCGAGUCACAGUAGUUUUCAGUACGAUAUUUAAAGACGUUGAUGAUAUGGUCAUUGGCAAAAUGUUUCUACAAGAGCUUAAAGAAGGUAGAAGAGCAAGCCACACUGCUCCACAAGUACUCUUUAGUCAUCGUGAACCUCCUUUGGAAUUGCAGGAUGCAUCUGUUCAAAUCAGUGACUGCAUUGGCUAUAUAACUUUUGUACUUUUUCCAAGGCACACAAAUAAAGAAGCACGUAGUAAUACUAUUGACUUAAUUCAUAUGUUCAGACACUAUUUACACUAUCAUAUAAAGUGUAGUAAGGUUUAUAUUCAUUCACGUAUGCGAACUAAAACUACUGAUUUUUUAAAAGUAUUAAACAGAGCUCGCUCUCAGCCUAAAACCACGGAGAAAAAAACUAUUACGGGUCGAACGUUCAUUCGGAAAGAAUUUACAGGCAGAGAAGAACUAAUCUUAAUAAAAGUUUUGGUUGAGAUGCCACAGAUAUAAGUAUUGAGAAAAUCACUACCUUUUGGUAAUUGACUUUUCAAAGCGAUACAGAUUAUAAUAAAUGCUUUUGCAGACUCGUCAGUUAGCAUUCUGGGUUUUUUUUUUCCAAACCGAUAAAGUGCAUACGGGUUCGAGACUAUAUGGCGAUCAAUCGUUAUGAAGUGUAUUAAAUAAUAAUAAUAAUAAUAAUAAUAAUAAUAAUAAUAAUAACAAUAAAAACGAUUUAUCGUUCUUCUACUUGCAGUUACGUAAUUCAUAGUUUUGUUGUGUCGCAUUUAGUCAAUCGUUAUUUACAUUGUACUCGAAACUGAAACAAUCUUAUGCCGAAUUUUUCAUUUAUCUUGUUUCAAUUGUUUAUAAUCUCGCGAAUUCUUGUGAUGUUACGCAAAUGUUGUCAUAGAUGCUCUUGCAGUGAAACAAGACUAACUCAAAGCAGAGAAUCGAGUCAAUUUUGAGAAAGUUAAAAAUGCUUUUCACGAAAGCUUUGCAAAAAUUUGAUGUUGAUUUAUAGAUGGUCAAGAAUUUAUCAUUAAAAGAACGACAGAGAGUAACCUAACCUAAAAAUUCGUAGAAAACUUAUUCUCGCUUAAGUACAAGUUGAUUACAUUAUAGGAAUAAUAUAAUUUUCUCUAUUAUAUUUUCAAUUACUUCUCAGGCUGGAUGACUUCGUAAUCAUUGAUCGAAAGUAAAUAUUAAAUUGAUUAUAAAGUUAUGUAGAGCAUACAGCUAGACCAGCGAGAAUUCGUUUUUUUUUGCUUCAUAUUAGUAUUUAAUAAUUAUCGUGAAAUAUUGUUAUCCUGGAAGCUGAACAUUUUUUUAAUAUUAUUUCUUCCGAUUCAUUAAAAUCGUAUUAGUUUUAAAAUAUUGUGAUGAUGAUUCGUUCAAGUGAUCGAAAAUUAGACAUAUCCAAAAAGAGAAAAAAAUUAUUUUCAGAAUAUUACGCUUACGCUUGUUAUUUAUAACUAAAUUUCAAAAUAAAAUAAAGUGCAAUGAAAACAAAAAUGAUAGUUCGAAAGAUAUUUAGUUCGUGAAUUGUUUGGUGGAAAAAUAAAACUGAUAGACAAAGCCGUUCACGAUAUUACAGCAUUUUUUAAAAUUGUUUCUUCAACCUGCCAGCACAAAGCUGUCAAAAAUUUUUCUGAUGUUUAUGUGUUAAUAUCUGUAGGAGGGUUUUAAGAAGCCUCCAGUGCUAUGGUGGUUCUGAACAGAUUCUCAACUUUGUUCCUGCACUUUAAAAAAAAAAAAAACUUUACUCUUAUAUUCAACUCACUGUUCAAGUACAAGUCAUUGGUCGAUUAACGUGGAAAAAAAUACGGAGUAUUCCUCAUAGUAUUUAGUUUAUUAAUGAUCCCUAUCAAAAGUGAAUGUAUAUACUUUUGUUGACUCAAAAAAAUUUUAUAUCUAAAACUGCCAUAACGUGUGAAUCGUAUCAACAAAAGUCACUUAAAAAUGUUGAAAAAUUUUAAUGUUAUCGGUAUCGCGCAAGUAAUAUCCUAAGACUGCAUAUAUUUAUGGUAGACUGUUGAUAUUCAUGAAAAUAAAUCGAGAAGAAAUUGAUCGAUUUUUAGAUAUUCCUCUGCGACAUUUUCUUUAAUUGAGAAAUUAAAGAAGAUAGGACAACACAAACCAUUUGCGAUGUAGCAUCUGAUGAAAGCUCACAUUAUCUAUAAGGUGUUACAUUUUUGUUGGGGAACUACUCGAUUAAGAGAUAGUAAACGAUCAUUUUCUAAAAUAUCGUGGCCACGGCCAGGGAAAAAAGUAAAUUAUAGCAUAGUACGUUGGUUGCAGUACAUGUUGGCCUAUGAAAAUCAGCAUGCCUAAUGUCCUACAUACGACGAUCCGCAAUUGUCGGUACUUACUGAUAUUUGCUGUUCUAAAAGACAUAAAUAAAUGAAUGAAAAGAAAAUUUUUAGCAGCCUAAAUAACAGAGCCCGGAAAAAAUAUCCAUCAUUAUGGAUCAUUGCGAUUGACGUUGAAAGCAAUGAGUGCGUAAAUUGAAUAUUAAAAUAUAAUUGUUGAGCGCACUACUAUCCAGGCUUAACAUUUAGCAUACUUUCGAUUUAUCCGACAAUAAAUCGGAUAGCCGUUGGAGCCGAUGAGUUACAUAUGUGUGAUAACGAACAAUGGCUGCAGUUGGCUGCACACUCCUGCGUAUUAUGAUAUCGAUUAUAAAUACCAUGUUAUGUCUGCAAUAUGAACUGAAGCGCCGCUCUGAAUGCUUGCAGUUAUGGAGAGCAUCCUGUCAGCUAUGUUUAUUGAUUUGUUACUAGACAAUUAACGAGCGAGGCUUUGCUGGCGAAGGAGGGCAGCGAAAAAGCAGGGAGUGCCUGUAGACGAUAAUUAACCGCCACACCCUCGGCAGCCUGCACACCAUCGAAAGGCUGUGGCUCAGUGAGGAGAGGUCUGCCUCGCGGCAAACAGCCGCCGCUUGCUGGCCGCUGAGAGCUGGCAUGCUUGGAU